CCGUGCAGGUGGCGUGCCACGUUGUGAUUCGGCGUGCCGGGUGACCCAUUCACCCAGUCGUCUCGUCUCACAACACGUAACAAACAGCAAACAAACUCGUGAACCCCCUAACCACCCUCACCCCACCCCACGAGCCCAACUGGUCCGAACCCACCUACAACCCCAAGGCACCACCACCCUCACCCCUCUCUCCUCUCCGCCGAUGGCUUUCGAAGACGAACACACCGUCUACGGCGGCGAAGAAGACCUCGACGAAGACGACGAUGACGAGAGCGAAGACCCCCCACCUGACCUCGACGACGACGACGAAAUCGAAGACGAAGAAGAAGAAGACGACGACACUUCCUCCUCCAAUCUUGCUCCCGGUGACCCCCCUCCUCCUCCCUCCUCCGUCGCCGUCACCGUCGCCAUCGCCCCUAAACCCUCUCCCUCUACCCCCACCACCGCCACCGCCACCGCCACCGUCGCCACCGUCUCUCUCCCCGAUCCGAAGCGUCAACGCAUCGACGACGUCACGAUCGCCGCCGUAUUCGAAGAGAAGAAGCCUCUGGCGGUGUUGGACGAUUCGCGGAGGCUGUUUCAACGGCUUUGGACUGAUGAGGACGAGAUCGAGCUUUUGCAAGGGUUUCUGGACUACACGAAUCAGCGAGGGGGAGGGAAUUCGUCUCACCAUCAUGAUACUACGGCGUUCUAUGAUCAGAUCAAGAGCAAGUUACAGCUCGAAUUUAACAAGAAUCAGUUGGUGGAGAAGCUGAGGAGGUUGAAGAAGAAGUACCGGAAUGUUUUGAGUAAGAUCGGUUCGGGAAAAGAGUAUGUAUUCAAGAGUCCUCACGAUCAGGCUACUUUCGAGAUCUCUAAGAAGAUCUGGAGCUCCGCCGCCGAUCGCGGCGGAGCCGGUGGUGGCGCCGGAGAAGAAGGCGGAUUGGAAGAUGAUGAAUCAAACCCUAACCCUAACCCUAAUGCUAAUCCUAAUUUAUUUGAUCACAAUAGUAACGGUGUUGUUGAUCCUAAUAGUUCAGAGAAGAAAGGGUCGAGGUCAAGAAAACGAUCGAGAGUGAAAAUUGAGGAAAAACACCAAUUCAUCAAUCAACAACAGCCUCAACAACAGAACGCAACUCCGAUUGCUGCUGCAACUGCGACUUCGAUUCCGAACUUGAUUGAGGAGACAGUGAGGAGCUGUCUAUCCCCAUUGUUCAAGGAGUUGCUUCACAAUGCCAUGAAUGGGGCGGGUGGUUCGCGGGGGUUCGGAGCUGUGGCGGCAUUGAAUCCAAUGCCUUUGAGCUUCGGGAGCCCUGCGCCGUUGAAUUUUCCAGGCGGUGAUUCGAUGGAUGAGAAGUGGAGGAAGCAACAGAUAUUGGAAUUGGAGGUGUAUUCAAAGCGGUUAGAAUUGGUGCAAGAUCAGAUUAAAUCGGCAUUGGAGGAGCUAAGGUCGAUUUGAAGUUGAACUGGAUUUGAGUGGCUGUAAUUGAUGGUCGGCUUGGAGGGUAGUUGCUUGACCCAAAAAAAGGUGACUGUCAACUGUUUUUCACUCUUUUCAGUGUAGUUUGGCAUUUUGUUGGCUUGUCUCAGAAAAGAGACUGCAGUAACUCAACGCCUUGUAAAAUUUCUUAAGUUUCCUUGUAGUUAGCUUUAUUGUUUAGUUUAAGGUUGUCUGAGCCGGGGUUCUUCCUGUGAUUUAGGUCUAGAAAAGGUUGUAAAUUUAUCUUAUGUAUCAACUGGGUAUAGGAAUUUAUGCAAGAUUAUCAUGCUUGUAAUCUUACUUAUCAACUUUUUUUUUUUUGUUCUAAAAGCAUGUUGCUUGUAAUAUUGAGAACUAUAUAAUUGUAUAGUGGAAAAAGGCUUAGAAAAAGUGUGACGUAUUGAAGGAAUUAAAAUCAGUAACAGGCACUGGAAUACCUUUGAAGAUAGUCCAACUGAUUUAAUAAAAAACUAAAUUAAAAUUUGAUAUAGAAGCCAAAAAAGAAAAAAAAA